UUUGAAAAACUAAAAAUGCCCAUCGUGUUGUCAUGUACUUGACUAGGGAGGCUGACAGCCGGAUAGAUAAAUACAUAAACACAUGUGCAGUGAGAACAACAGAUGCUUUAUGGCAGCUACGGUGGCCUUCCGGGCUCAAUUAACGCCAAAAGUCAAGCACACAGAACUAACAGAAGAGCCCCUGAACCUCAGCAGGGGAGAGAGCUUGGAACAACAUCAACCACGUGGGUCUGAGGCUCUUCUUUUCCAACUCUACAGUCCCGACAGACAGCUGUCCCAGCCGGAUGAGGGGGUGAGUAGAGCCAUUCAGGACGGUCCCAGGCUGAAUGAUCGUGACGUAUACCUGUCCUGUUUGUAUUUCCGGGUUUGAAGGGUCGCUUCAGAGCAGAGUUAGCAUGUUUACAUCUGCUAACGAUUAACGUCAGCUUUUUAACUUCUUAAUCUUUGACUGUUGGAUGAGUGGAAAUGUCCGGGGUGUGGAGAGUUGCACACGAAGAGAAGCCCCAGAUAGCAGAAGACCAGCUGCUGAGUAAAGAAGAGCUUCCCCCUGAGAAGGAGGAGUGGAGCCCCAGUCUGGACCAGGAACACUCUGAGUUCCCACAUAUUAAAGAGGAACAAGAGGAGUUGUGGAGCAGUCAGGAGGGAGCGCAGCUUCAGAUAUCAGGAGAGGCUGACAUUAGUCAGUUCCCCAUCACUCUUGUUGUUAUAAAGAAGGAAGAUGAUGAAGAGAAACCUCAGUACUCAGCUGAACAGAUGGAAACAAGAGCUGAUGGAGAGGACUGUGGAGGAGGAGAACUAGCCAGGGACUUCAGUCCAGAGAGACAUUUACUAUCGGAGAAAGAGGUCAAGACUGAAGAUUCUUCAGAACCUGAGACUGACAACAGCGAUGAUUGGAGGGAGACCAGAGAACAUCAGUCAGGACGUAACUCUGUGAACAGAAGAAAAAACAGGAGGCCAAGGACUGAUAAGAAAUCAUACAGUUGCUCUGAGUGUAGUAAAGCAUUCAAAGAUAACUGGCAUCUUACACAACACAUAAGAAUGCAUACAGGAGAGAAACCCUUCAGUUGCUCUGAGUGUGGUAAAACAUUCAAAAUGAAACAGAGCCUGGCAGACCACAGGAGACUUCACACAGGGGAGAAACCAUUUGGCUGUUCUGUUUGCAGUAAAAAAUUUAAUCAAAAAGGAAGUCUGACUACACACAUGUUAGUUCACACAGGAAAGAAACCCUUCAGUUGCUCUGUUUGCAGUAAGAAUUUUAACCAAAAAGGAAGUCUGACAACACACAUGCUAGUUCAUACAGGAGAGCAGCCUUUUAGCUGUUCUGAGUGUGGUAAAACAUUUAAUCUAAAAGGAAACCUAACCACCCACAUGUUGGUUCACAUGAGAGAGAAACCAUUUGGUUGUUCUGAGUGUAGUAAAAGUUUCAAAGUUAAGGGAAGUCUGACCAAACAUAUGGUCAUUCACACAGGAGAGAAACCCUUCAGCUGCCCUGACUGUGACAAAAGAUUUCACCAAAAAUCUAGCCUGAAUUACCAUAUUAAAACUCACAGAGCAGAGAAACCCGUUGGUUGCUCUGAAUGUGGUAAAAGAUUUUACCAGCAAGGAAAUCUGACAGAGCAUAUGCUUAUUCAUAAAGAGAAAGAUCCAGGAAGACCCUUUAGUUGCUCUCAAUGUGGGAAAGCAUUUCGAAAAAAGGGGCAUUUGAUCACACACCAAAGAGUUCACACUGGUGAAAAAGCUUUUGGCUGUCCUAUUUGUGGUAAAACAUUUUCACAGAAAGGUAAUCUAAAACUUCACAUUUCAAAUCACAGUGGACAGAAACCCCAUAGCUGCUCUGAGUGUGGUAAAUCAUUCAAUGUAAAAGGAAAUCUGGCCACUCACAGGCUGCUUCAUAUGGAAGAGAAGGCCUUCAGCUGCUCUGAGUGUGGUAAAAGAUUCAACCAAAAAGGAAAUCUGACUCAGCACAUGAUGAUUCACACAGGAGAGAAACCCUUCAGCUGCUCCGAGUGUGACAAAAGAUUUACUCAUAAGGCUGGUCUUAGGUAUCACGUGGCAACUCACAGAGGAGAGCAAAGCUUCAGCUGCUCUGAGUGUGGUAAAAAAUUUAACCAUGAAGGUAAUCUUAAUAAACACAUGACUAUUCAUACGGAAGAGAAACCCUUUAGCUGCUCUCAGUGUGGAAGCCUGUUCCGAGAAAAAAGACAACUGAAAAGACACCUGAAAGUACACACAGGGGAGAAAGCCUUCAGUUGUCCUGACUGUGGUAAAAAAUUUGCUGAAAAGUCCAACAUGUCACUUCAUAUUGCAAAACACAGAGGAGAGAAACCCUUCUGUUGUUCUGUUUGCGAUAGAAGAUUCUCUUGGUCAUCUCAAUUAAGAAUCCACAAGUGUGUUGGACGCCAGGCUUCAGAGGAACUUCCAAACCAAACUAAGGAGAAAAGAGAAGUAGAACCAGAAAGCUGAUGGAGAGGACUGUAGAGGAGUAGAACCAGCUAAGAACUCAGAUCCAGCAACGCAUCGCAGCUCUGACUAAUUAAAUAUAGAGAGUAGGCAUGCAACCUCAGAGGGAGGACAGGUCUCUGCUGUUCCAGCCGCUGAGUGGCAGAAAGUUUGUGUGACAGAAAUCAGUAGGAAGGAAGCAGCAAGCAGCUUUAUUUCAGCUAUUAAGUACUGUCUUCUUAAAGCCCCUGUAAAGUGAAAUCCAAAAUUUGUGUCUGACGCUCUUGAUAUGUUGGAAUAUGGUUGCUGUAAACAUGUGAAAAUACCGAGAUUUACAUGUAACUGAAUUUUGGAUUUAGACCAUUAGAAAGUUUUUCACCUCUUUCUUGGCUGGGUUAAAUUUGAGUGGGGAAACUAUGUGGAUCACCAGCCCACAGUAGGGAAUGACCCCGCCCAAAUUAAAACAGCAAUAUAAAAAUCACAGAGCAGUUCAUUUCAGUACAGUCUGUUGCUGAUGCCGCUGCCUUGAAAGUUAACGGUCAGUUAAAUGCCUGGUUUUUUGUACAUUGUGAGGUAAAUUU